GAGGAGGAAGAGGAGGAGGAGAUCGUGGGCUUGGCGGGUUACGCCGACGGGGCCGAGUCCUUCUCGGACGGCGACGCGGAGAGCGGCGGCGAUGAGGCGUUUUUGGAUUUCAAUGAUCCCUUCAGUACUGAAGUUAAGCCAAGAAUCCUACUCAUGGGAUUGAGAAGAAGUGGAAAGUCUUCCAUUCAGAAAGUUGUCUUUCACAAAAUGUCGCCGAAUGAGACUCUCUUCUUGGAGAGCACAAACAAGAUCUGCAGAGAGGAUGUUUCCAACAGCUCCUUUGUCAACUUUCAGAUAUGGGAUUUUCCUGGGCAAAUUGACUUCUUUGACCCUACGUUUGAUUAUGAGAUGAUUUUCAGAGGCACUGGAGCACUGAUAUUUGUUAUUGAUUCUCAGGAUGAUUAUAUGGAAGCAUUAGCUCGGCUGCAUCUUACUGUGACCAGAGCUUAUAAAGUGAAUCCAGAUAUCAACUUUGAAAUCUUUAUCCAUAAAGUGGAUGGUUUAUCUGAUGACCAUAAGAUUGAAACACAGAGGGAUAUUCACCAGAGAGCAAAUGACGACCUUGCAGAUGCUGGAUUGGAGAAGAUUCACCUCAGCUUUUAUCUGACAAGCAUAUAUGAUCAUUCUAUAUUUGAAGCAUUUAGCAAAGUGGUACAGAAACUGAUUCCACAGCUCCCAACACUGGAAAACCUGCUUAACAUCUUUAUUUCAAAUUCUGGGAUUGAAAAAGCAUUUUUAUUUGAUGUAGUCAGUAAGAUCUAUAUUGCAACAGACAGCACUCCAGUGGAUAUGCAAACUUACGAGCUCUGCUGUGAUAUGAUAGAUGUUGUGAUUGACAUUUCUUGUAUAUAUGGGCUUAAAGAUGAUGGCACUGGAACCCCUUAUGACAAAGAAUCAAUGGCAAUCAUAAAACUGAAUAAUACAACUGUCCUUUAUUUAAAAGAGGUGACAAAAUUCCUCGCUCUUGUUUGUUUUGUCAGAGAAGAAAGCUUUGAGAGAAAAGGAUUAAUAGACUACAAUUUCCAUUGUUUUCGAAAAGCCAUACAAGAAGUAUUUGAAGUAAGAAUGAAAGUAGUAAGAUCUCGAAAACAUCAAAGCCACCUACAAAAAAAUAAAAGACCCACUCCCAAUGGGACACCAAGAAUGCCACUGUAACUGAGGUUUUCUGGCAAUGUGGCAAGCAAAGUUUUCAUGAAGUUGAUAUGACUUCUGCAUCUCAUUGCACUGAGGGAAGAGGAAAAAAAAUGGGACUGAUGUAUUAUAUGAAUUUUCCCUGAACGUUCAGAAAGCACUGUUGAAAUAUUUUUAUCCAAUCAGUUUUUUUCAUAUAGUGAGCACUUUGAGCAAAAUGUUGUAUAUAUAAACAUUGAGGUGAGCACUUGUAAGAAUUUUCUUAAUAUAUGCUGUAAACCUUUUUCAUGCCAUAUUAAGAAAAAACAGCUGUGACAGAAAUACUGGGUACAUAAUUUGCACUUUUUCAUGUUUUCCUUGUGGACUUGGACUUUGAUAAACUUAGUUUUUAUGGUGAUUUUGAUGCAUGGUGUCAGGUAAAAUGUAUGCUGUAGUUUAUAUACCUGCUACAAUCAAAUUGGUUAGUAAACAAUUAAGAAAAACUUGGUACAAUGCCUUUUUAAAUUUGUGACAGCUAAUACCUAACAUUCAUACAGAUCUAAUUUCAUAUAUUUUUCAAUUUGUAAACUGAAGAAUAAUAUUGAAGUAUUACAGCAAUAAGCACCUUACCAGGAAUCGUAACUGGUAGGUAAAUAUUAGCUUUUAUAAAACAGGCUUUUGGCCAAAUUUCAUCCGGAGUUCUCCUUAACACUGGUCAUGCCCUCUCUUGGGUCUGGUUUUAUUAUUUACCUCAGCAUAUACCACUAAAAUACCUUUCUAUAAAGAUGAUUGUUUUGUAAAAUGGCUCUAUGUUGCACUGGUAUUUUUAUAAGGCUUCAGAAGAGUAUGUUGUAUCUGUACAGCUGGAUUUACAUUGCUAAGUUUGUGUUGAGAGCCUGUACGUGUACAGUUGGUGCAAUGAAGAAUCUGUAUGUAUUUCCACCCUGGCAUUCUGAUGUACUGAUAAGUCAUAAAGGUGUGAGCACUGGGUUCUGAUUCCCUCUGUCAGGGGUACAUCUGUGAUUGAAAUCAAGACGAGACCAUUAAAAUGAGGACUGGACAAUCUACCUGCUGUAAUAAUCAGCGUACAUCACUACUUUUUAUUUUAAUAUUGAAUAUGAGCAGAUUUACCCCAGGAUCAGCCAGGACAGCAGAGGACUCUUCAAACCUAAAAAGAAGUAACGCUUUCCAUGUUCUGUAUUGAGUGGUUUUGUUUAAUUAGUGAUACAAAAUUAUAAUUCCUUGAUGGAAGGGAAACUCUUAAUUUUUACCAAUUGCAUGCGCAGUCUAAUGGUUUUGUUGGCAGCUUUUGGGAGUGAGAAGAACUUGACCAGAAUGGGAGGCAGCUUGCUGUACACCAGAAACAGGUAAGGGGAAAUGUACCAUAUUCACAGCUAAUCUGCCCCCAGCCAGAAUAGCUCUGGAGGCAGGCAGGAAGAUGGAAACAAUAGCUCUGUCAAGAAUUGUGUGAUACGUAAUGCAGUUCUAGGGGCUCAGGAAGGUAAGAAAUACUGAUAAUAGUGAAAAUCACUGAUCCUGGUGCUGCUGGUGUGAAAAACAGUGACAGUAGCUGUAGUCAAAUCAGAGUGUUCAAAAAACAGAGUUCAAAUUCCUUUUAGUACUGUCACCACCCAUCAUCUUAGUUGAGGGCAUUCUUCUGACUAGCCCCUCAGUUAAAGUAAUGCAAAGCUGUUUUCAGAGUUCACCAAAGCAGUGAUGGGUAAGAGACGCCUUUUGACAGCUUUCCAGUCCGCAGGACAUUCAUUGAAGGGCUGCUGUAAUUUCUGGCCAUGUGUUUGUCUUUCAUUUUGUUGAGAUCCCCCUACUGGGUCACAAUCUCUGUCCUCCCUUUGCCCCACCAGGUGUAGGUGGCUAUGUGGGACUAAGAACACCUACCAGGCUGGGCCAGAUUUUUUUGUUGUUGUUUUUAUGUGUAAAUUAUCUCUUCAUAGUGGCUAUGAUAUGAGUCAUAACUAAAUGUAGCUUCCAUAUAUUUGGCCUGAGUUGUAUGUAGACCUUCUAUUAGAGACUAUCAACUUGUUUAAGACAGUGAAGUUGCCUCUUGUAGUCCCAUUUAGAAUUUGGAACAGACUAUCUAGCAUAAUUUAGUGAGGGUGAUUUUAGCCAACAUAAAACUUCCAAAUUGAUAUCAUCAGAGUAAAUGUAAUUUUCAUCAGGUUACUUAUGUUUCAAAUAUAAAAUUUAAAGAAUGUUAAAAAUUCAUUAGUUUUAGUGUUUAACUUUUGUAUUUUCAGGUUAGGUGAUAACUCAUUUCAUUUUUGAGUAAUAAUUUUCUAAUGUUCCAGGUGAAGUGAUUAAACACUGAGUGAGGCAUGCAAGGUCCUUUUUACAAAUAUAUUCUAAAACUUGCUUUUUCUUUAAAAAAUUCUUUUAAAUUUUAUUGAGAUUCUGGUUUUUAUUUAAAAGAAAUUAAAUACCCCAUGUGCUACAAGAGCCACUUAAGGCAGUGUUGAUACACUUUUUCUAAAAUUAGAAAUUGUGGAAGAAGUAAUUACUUCCCAAAUAGUCCAGUAUUUUUAAAGUACCUGAUCCAUAAGUCUCCAUUUCUUAUUUAACAUUGAAGUUGACUAGAGAUGGUAGGGACCAUUAAUGAACAAGCCAUGUCUUUUAAAAACACUGGUUUACAAUAAACCCAAACCAAUUUAGUAUCCUGUGGACAUUUUAAAGUCAGGAGCUAGAUAACUAUAAAAUAUUGUUUCCAAGAACGUGUUAUAGUUGAGGAAAUGCCUGUAAGUAAUUCAACAGGCAGCAGCUCAGGCAGCAAAGUGUGUGAUGGGUUCUCUGAAGAGUUCAAAUGCAUCUUUGAGCAUGCACUGGAAUGGCUAUUUAAAAUGUUACAGAGCUGGAAUGUGUUUCUAAAAUCUGGUAAUUACCAACAUGCUGUGCAUUAGUAUAGAAGUGUAAUUGACAGGAGCAAACUACUCUGAUAAAGUGUAAUUCACAUGGAUCAUUUGAGAUCUCAUGUUUCAUGAUAGAACAGGGUUGCUUUUCCCACUAAAACAAAAAUUCUGUGGUUUCUUGCAUGUGAAAUUGCACUCCUGAUGAUUUGAUACUAAGGGAGCUCAUUCUGUGAAAGUACUGUAGCAAUUUUUAAAAGAAAUGUUGACCUAUGAACUCCCUCCAUCUUUAUAUGCAUCAUCAGGGUAAAUGGAGGAAUUAAAGAAAAUAACCCAUAAUUGUAUACAGUAGCAACUGUUUGCUUUAAUGACAUAUUUAUUGUGCUGUCAUUUGCAACAAUUACUGUAGAAUAUUUUUUUCUUAAACUGAACACUGAGGUUUUCCUAUAUUUGUACUGAUGAUGUACAUGACAUCAUGUCAUGAUUUUUGUGCUGCAGCUUUGUCCUGUUAGAUGCAUAGAUACAUUAAUACCAAAAUUUCCUCAGAUUCUAAAUGUUUAUCAAUAACUGCAUCUGAAUUUACUCAAUUACAGAUAAACACAUCAAAUUCUCCCACUUCAGCUGUGUGGAAAAUCAGAAAUAAGCUUGAUUGGGAAGUUCUUUUGGGCUCCUCUCAUAUGGUGGCAUAUGGUUGACAUCCCACUUGAUUUCUCACUGUAUUAAUAUUUGCAUAUUAGCUCAUGCACAUAUCUUCAAAUAGCUACAUUUAAAAAUUACACUAGCAGAUUGCUGCUUUUAAUUUGUUUUCUCCCUGGUAUCUGUGUUACCUUUCUCAGUUUGCUGUCUGAAUUUCAUAUUUUGCUGUAACCAGGUCUGAUACUCACUCUCCUUGGUUUCUGCCAGCCUAUUCCCUUUGGCUUGUAGGCAUUAUGAGCCACGAGCUAGGUCUUGAGCUAAAACCUACUGAAAAAAUACUGAGUGCAAAAAAAAUUGUAGAAAUCCAUUACAUGCUAUAACAUCCCUAAAAAGACUGGACAGAUUUAUGUAA